GUCGAGGGAUUGCAAACGGAUUGCCGCGUUGGAGAGCAAAGGAGCAAUGGAUACGAUUGAGAAGGACAUUCUGAAGAGAGAAGGAGAGGAGGCAGAGAAGGGCGAUUUGAGGGAAGGACGGGACGUUGAAAAAGGUGAGGUCGCUGGUUCAGAGGGUGCUGGUGUCUGUGGUGACAAUGAGGGAGACGACGGCUACGUGGCGCCUCUACGGGGACUGUCGUUUCUGGACCGGUUCCUGGUGGUGUGGAUAGUACUCGCCAUCGCCAUUGGGAUUAUCCUUGGGAAUACGGUUGAUUCGGUUGGGCCGGCGUUGCAGAAGGGGGAGUUUGUUGGUGUUAGUGUGCCGAUAGCAAUCGGCUUGCUAGUCAUGAUGUACCCCAUCCUCUGCAAAGUCCGCUACGAAACCCUCCACCUCCUUUUCCAAUCGCGAGGCCUCUGGACCCAGAUCCUCAUCUCCUUCGUGCUCAACUGGAUAGUAGCGCCGCUCUUCAUGGUCGCACUGGCAUGGGCUUUCCUCCCGGAUCGCCAGGACCUCCGCGAAGGCCUCAUCUUCGUGGGAAUCGCGAGAUGCAUUGCCAUGGUCUUGAUCUGGAACGAGCUGGCCAAGGGAGACAGCAACUACUGCGCGGUACUGGUCGCUUUCAACUCGAUCCUACAGAUCGUGCUGUUUGCGCCAUUCGCCGUUUUCUACGUCCAGGUGGUCAGCCAUGGGGAGAAGACGGACGUGUCGUACGAGAAGGUGGCGCAGAGUGUAGGAGUCUUCCUCGGGAUACCACUCGGCGCGGCCGUCCUCACAAGACUGACACUGAAGACCCUUAUCGGAGAGGAAAAGUACCAGAAGCACUUCAUCCGGUACAUUGCGCCGUGGUCCUUGAUCGGGCUGCUCUACACCAUUAUUGUCCUGUUCGCAAGCCAGGGGGCCAAUGUUGUUCGGCAGAUUACCGAUGUGUUGCGGGUCUGCGCGCCGUUGUUGGUGUAUUUCCUCGUCAUCUUCACAAGUACCGUUUGGUUCUGCUGGAAGAUGGGUUACGGCUAUCGGGUCAGCUGUACGCAGAGUUUUACCGCGGCUAGUAACAAUUUCGAGCUGGCAAUCGCGGUCGUGGUCGCCGUUUACGGUGCUGGUAGUGGGCAGGCUUUGGCGAGUACUGUAGGUCCGCUGAUCGAGGUACCGGUUCUAGUGGCUCUCGUGUAUGUAUUGAGAUACGUGCAGAGGAGGUGGGCGUGGAAGGGCUGAGCUUGCGAGUUAUGAUUGUCAUAGAUCUGAGCG